AUGACCGAAAAUCAAGAGCGCGACUUGUCCGAAAGGGUGCAACGUGGGAAUCCUCUGACGUCGGCAGAAGGAGCUCAGGCUCAGGAGGGCGAUUGGCAAAGCCUGGCGAGGAAGUUUCUGGACGACUUCCCGCGUGUUGUAAACCUGAGUGACAAUCGGAGAGGAGCCGGAUUUGACAAAAUCAUUUCAUCAUUCGUGCAAAUACUCGAAGCUGAGAAACUUUGGCAAGGCCAGCGCGUUCCUCUCAGGGGCACGAAAGCCUGGGUGAAGAAGGUCUGUAUGACGGAUGCAUCAAUGAACCCAUGUACCACGUACCUGAAGAACCGCAUGCAACGCACUUUCGACCGCUUCGAAGAACUGGUCCGGAAGAACAAGCGAGCGUUCGAACAUGAUGAUCUCCCUCCGAAGGCCACAAUCGAGCCGGUGGAAUUYGUCGCAAUUGCCUACGUAAUCGACAAAUAUGGAGGAGAGAUGAACAAUGACCAACUUGAGCAAGCAAUCCGUGAGAUGAGAAGGCAUGUCCGGAGAUGGCAUCCAAACAACAUGCGGAGGAAUACCAUCGUGUGGGAUGAUCUGAUGACCGUGUUCGAAAGUCAUCUAGGCGGUGGUGAGAACGGUCAUGGCRCAAAUGGUGAGAACGGUCAUGGUACAAAUGGUGGGAACGGUCAUGGUCCAAAUGGUGAGAACGAUCGUGGUACAAAGAGAGAGGCCUCUGAGGAAGCAGCAGAUGAUGACGACAGGCAUCGGACACUUCGCCCGAGGCGUUAA